GGAAAUUCUUUAUGAGUCUCCCUUUCCACCCCUCUUGUUUUCAUCUUUCAAGCCGCGAUGCUUGAGCUCGGUGGCCAGAUCCGUGACACACCUUCUGCACGGGAUUCCGAGAGACCUUUUGCAGGAGGACUAAGGGAUUAGAGCAAAGGAUGCGAAGGAAAUCUUACCCCUGAUGAUAUUAAUGGUGAUCAUUUUCCUGCUGCUUCUGUUCUGGGAAAAUGAGCAGAACGAAGAUAGGGUUUGGUUGACCAUGGAGUACUUGCAUGUGGACUACCCUAAGAGUGACGUUCCUGUAAGGUACUGCAACUCCAUGAUCUUACAGAGAACCAUCAGGGAGCCUGACCACAGCUGCAGAAAAGAGCAUGUCUUCAUCCACGAGAGGCCUCGGGAUAUCAACAGUGUCUGCAAGUCCCCCAAGAAAGUGGCCUGCCACAACAGUUCCCUGGACUCAUGCUUCCAGAGUGAAUCCAUGUUCAGAAUGACAGCCUGUCAGCUCACUGAAGGGACCAGAUACCCUGCCUGCAGAUACCACAUUUCCCCCACUGAGGCCUUCAUUACUGUUGCUUGUAAUGGCCUGGGACCAGUUUCUUUGCAGGGAUAUGUCAACAAGCUUGAGCCUAGUCCCUGAAUGCAAGGUUGCCUCUUCUCUCUCUGGGGUUGGCGCUGGCUUUCCCUGUGGCAAGCUUCAACAGUGGCCAGGAGCUGAUGCUUGAGAUUGAUUGAUUCUGGCAUUGCUGAGCUGGAAUCUCUCUUCUGUUUUAAUUAAACAAGUCUCUUACUGAA